GAGAGAGAGAGAGAGAGAGAGAGAGACACACAGAGACACACACACACAUGUCCUGAAGCCCACCUCACCACAUCUCGAGCAUUCACUCUGAUUAUCCAGGGCAUACUUGCUAAGGAUAAGGCACGUUCCUGAGGGAACAGGAGAAUGGCAUCAUCAUAGGUAUGCCCUCUUCAUUGCAGUCCUCUGAUGUUCCUGGGCGGUUGUCUUCCUGGUGCAGGUGAAGGACUCCACCCCUAUACAGGCUAAAGCACGUCAUCAGAGGAAAAAAAUCAGCCCUCUUCAGUAACGUGUCCAGGUGAAAUUUUGGACGUGCUCCAAGGUAACCUGGAGCAUUUAAAUAACUCCUCGUUUAACUGAACACAAAGCAGGAAGAUCCAGAGCACAGCAGAGUGAGCACAGAGGCUACAGACAUGGAACCUGAAAACCCAGGGAUGGCAUUAAUAAUGGCACCCAUUACACUGUGUCUGGCAAUCUGCUUGGCCGCUGUGAUGAACAAGUUGAGGAAGAUACGACUUUCUCAGGAACACAAAUGUGAAGCCAGUCACCUGAAUCGAUCUGAGCUUACCAUCAGUAACUUGUUCACUGGUACCCUGGUUGUGGCAGUUGUGUUAAUUGGCAUACUGUACACACUCACAGUGGGUCAAUACCUGUUCAUGAGAGAGGAUAAGGAGGUUACACUUGGAGAAGUUGAUCUCAGAGAGAAAGAUCCCCAUUCUCCCAGCAUUUCUAUGCUUACAAUAGGAGAGGAGGAAGUUUCUCCAUGUGUUGGUCGUCUGGAGGUGGUGGAUUCAGAAGCUGAGUUUGUGCAGUGGAAGAUAAAGUAUCAGACAUUGCUGCAUUCAGAAAAAGCUUACACUGGUAUGGCAUCCCUGAGCCAAGAGAGAAUCCUGCAAGAAAACAUCUCUCUUGUGCUGAAAAACACUAACGAUGAACAUCAGGGUCUUUACCUAUUCAUGAAGGAUGAAGACAUCAGACUUGCCACACGCAUUAAUCUCACUUUGACAGCCCCCCACUCUCCUAGCACUGUGGUUGUUAAAGCAGGUGAGGAGGUGGAUCUGUUGUGUUUUGGCCGUGUGGACUGGUUUGGUACAGAGGCUGAGUUUGUGCAGUGGAAAAUGAAGGAUCAUAUUGUUCUGCAGUGGGAAAAAGGUUCUCAGAUUGUAGGUUCUCAGUUUAAAGGUAGAGUGUCACUGCCCAAAGAGAAAAUCUACCAAAAUAACAUGUGUCUCGUGCUGAAGAACAUAAGCCAUGCUGACCAGGGCAGUUACGAGUGCUCAUUUGUGAAGGACCAAAUCUUCAGGCUGGGCACACAGAUUAACCUCACUGUGACAAAUAUCAUGGCCCGGUUGGAGGUGGGGUUUGGUUCCUCGGUGCUCCUCCCCCUCCACACUGUAUCUCCAGUGAUUGUGAGCUUCCUGCCUGAUGGAGGGAACGGUUCUGUACGAGUGUGUGAGGUGGAGAAAGAGCAGAUGGAGUGUGGAGCAGCUUAUUCACACCGUAUAGAUCUACAGCAGCACUCCCUGGAGCUGAGGAAGCUCUCCAUGGAAGAUUCUGGAACAUUUUCAGUGAUGGAGAGAGAAACACAGCACACUGUCAGUGUCCUCUUUAUACAGGUGUUCCCUCCAUCUACAGGUCCACUUGAAGAGGCUGAACGUGGAGGAAGGACAAUGACAAUCAUCAGUGUUAUAGCUGUCGUUAUAGUCAUGGUGAUGGGGAUGUUGAGGUGCUGGGCAACGAGGAACUGGCAGCUGAAGUCCAUCACCUGAACAGAGACAGCAGAGAUGUUCAGCAGCCUCAUGUAACCACAGCUGUAGCUGAUGACUGACACUUUGUGAGUUGUUAUUUCUCACUGAAAGGCUUGUUUUUAUUUGACGUUCUGUGAAACUGUGCUGAUAAUAAUAACAAUAAUGUUUGUUUGUAUAGCACCUUUCAUGCCAGUUGCAGCUCAAAGUGCUUUACAUAAAACUUACCAGUAGUCGAAGAAACUGAGUAUUCAUUAAAGGUUCUGUAUAGGUAAAGGUUCUGAGUAAAAUCUCAUUAACGUACAUACGUGAUUCCCAAAUGUAUGUAAAUUUGUGUGUUACAUACAGUUUAUCUUACAGAAUGCCAAAGAGACUUUAUAGACACAGAAUGAGCUGUUUAUCUCUGUACUGUAAUCUCUGAGUUUGUUGAUGUUACUCAGACCUGUAUGUGUAUAUGUUGGGCUUUUUUCUCCCUUUUUUGUACUUUUUAAAAACAUUUUUACUACUUUUUACAU